CACCAUGUCUACCAGUGACGCCUCUGUAUCAUCUACUCGUUCCCUCCAAUCACAGGGACCUGUCAAUGAGAAAGACAUGCUAUCAAGAUCAGAGAGAACUUGUAAAGCCCCUGCGCAUUGGACACAUGAAGAAGAAGCUAGAUUUCUCCAGUACCUACUCACCCAUAAGGCUCAAGCUGGAGAUACCAUGAGCUUCAAAAACACAACCUUUCAAGCAGCUGCUGAUGAUAUCAAUCAAUCAUUUCCUGCUCAACAUGGUGGGGCAAAGACUGCAAGUGUCUGCAAGACAAAGUGGACCAAUCUAAAGGAUUCCUACAAUGCUGUUAUCAAUAUCAAGAAAACAUCGGGUUUUUCAUGGAGUGAUGAGCUUGGAGCAGGAAUUACAGACGCACAUGGGGACAUUUGGGAGAAAUAUGUCAAGAACAGUCCUGCUGCAAAACUGUUCAAAACCAAAGGGUUCUCGCACUUCAAUACAAUUGACCAGAUCAUGCCCCAAGGGCCAAGCACUGCAAGAGGAAAGUUCGUGAAGCAUCAGCCCCAAGCCAGCUCAGCAAUGCCCUCCGUUGCACCAUCUGAAUCGUCUUCCAGCAUUCUCAUGCCCCCUCCACUAUAUCCUCCAGGUCACACUCCCACUAUGAGUAAUUCCAUGAAUCUCACGCAACUCGUCUCUGCUACUGAUGAGAUCAACUUACACCAAGCAUCUCCGCUGGCCCAGGUAUCCAUGAUGCCUCCAUCCUCAGGCUCACACUCCCGGCCACCUGUCAGUGGGCGGACUGUAUCAUUGACGUUCUCCUCCACUACAAGUGACUCAGGGCUGACAAGUGUCAGCUGCGCUAAGUAUAAAUUUAGUGCACUGCCGAAUGAAGGAGAAUGGCAGUCACCUGAAGCGGUCCCAUCCUCCCUCAGCAUCUACAUCUUACCUCACAUCAUCAACAACCUUACUGCACCCUCUGAGCCUAGUGUUCAGACUGCUAUGCAAGAGCAACCUCCCUCCACUGAUCUUGGACGUGCAAUCAAUUUGCUUACUCAGACUGAGGGUUUGAGUAUGGAUGAUGUUAUGGAACUUACAGAUUACUUAUCGUCAAACCCAACUGAGGCCGUUGUGUUUGCUAAUUUCAAGGGCGGAGAAUACAGGACCAUGUGGGCACAGAGGAAGCUUUCUAUUAUUUGUUGUGGUGCUACUAGUACUACCUUGUAA